AUGAAGUCGCUUCUUGUAGCCCUUCUUGCUUCGUCGGCAGCAGCAUACCCUGCUGUGAACGAAAGUCUCCUGUUCGAACGAGCCGGUACUCCGAGCUCUACUGGCACUCACAACGGAUACUACUACUCAUGGUGGACCGACGGCGGCUCUGACGUGACCUACACCAAUGGCGCCGGUGGCUCCUACAGUGUGAGAUGGUCGAGUGGUGGCAACUUUGUCGGCGGCAAGGGCUGGAACCCUGGUGGUCCUAAGACCAUCAACUACUCUGGCAGCUACAACCCCAACGGCAACAGCUAUCUCGCAGUGUACGGCUGGACCAAGAACCCUCUGGUCGAGUACUACGUCGUCGAGUCCUACGGCACCUACAACCCGGGCUCCGCCGGCCAGAAGAAGGGCACGGUGACGAGCGACGGCGGCACUUACGAUAUCUAUGUCUCGGAACGGGUGAACCAGCCAUCCAUCAUCGGCACGGCCACCUUCAAGCAGUACUGGUCGGUGCGCCAGUCGAAGCGCGUCGGCGGCACCGUGACCACGGGCAACCACUUCAACGCCUGGGCGCAGGCCGGCUUGAACUUGGGAUCGCAUGACUACAUGAUCGUCGCGACGGAGGGCUACUUCAGCAGCGGGUCGGCCGAUAUCAACGUUGAUGGGGGUUCGUCAGGUGGAGGCGGCAACAACGGAGGCGGCAACAACGGGGGUGGCAACAACGGCGGCGGAAACACUGGAGGCGGUGGCAGCUGCGCCGCUCAAUGGGGCCAAUGCGGUGGUCAGGGUUGGAACGGCCCGACUUGCUGCCAGUCCGGCUCGACGUGCAAGGCUUCUAACCAGUGGUACUCGCAGUGUCUUUGA